AUGCGCAUCCUCACAUACCUCUACCCGCGCCACCGCCGGCGGCGCAUCACACUGCUCCUCUUCAGCUCCAUAUCCUUCAUCGUCGUCUACGUCUUCUACACCAACGGCGGCGACAUCCCCAUGCCGACGCAGGGCCUGCGGCCCGCCAUCUUCCCAACAGCCGACGGGAGCAGCAGCAGCAGUGGUGACGGCGGUGGUGGUAGUGGUAUCAUCAAACUGGACGACUCGUCGGCCGCCGCCCUGGCCCUCCAGCGGCCCCUGACGCCCAUGUCCUACGGCACCGCCGCCCGCCCGCCCUUCAAGGGCCUCGACAACCUCGUCGCCGACCUGCCGGCCGAGCACGUCCCGGGCCUGGGCGGCGGCGCGCCCAGGCGCCUCGUCAUCGUCGGCGACGUCCACGGCAUGCGCCCGGCCCUCGACGCCCUGCUCGCCAAGGUGGGCUUCGACCGGCGCCGCGGCGACCACCUCGUCCUGGCGGGCGACAUGGUCAGCAAGGGGCCCGACACGCCCGGCGUCGUGGCCCUGGCCAUGGAGCUCGGCGCCUCGGCCGUGCGCGGCAACCACGAGGACCGCGUGCUGCUCGCCCGCGCCGCCCUCGACGCCCAGCUCGUCCCCGGCACCGAGGGCGCCGACCCCGACGCCGCCGCUGCUGCGCCGGUGUCCAAGGAGAAGCGCGGCCUCUUGUCGUCACUCUUCGGCGGCGGCGGCGACGACGCCAGGAGGCGCGCCCAGGACCAGGCCGCCUGGGAGGAGAAGGCCGCCAAGGCCGAGGCCCAGGGCGAGCGCUGGCAGCAGGUCAAGGACAGCGACGCCCGCGCCCGCGCCGGCGGCCCGGACCGCAUGGAGGAGAACCCCUUCUCGCACGGCGACGCCGCCGACCGCGAGACGGCCGCCAGCCUCUCGCCGCAGCAGGUGCAGUGGCUCGCCUCGCUGCCCGUCGUCCUGCGCGUCGGCCGGGUCCCCGGCAGCGCCCUGAACCGCGUGCUCGUCGUGCACGCGGGGCUCGUGCCCGGCAUCGACCCGGAGGCCCAGGACCCCUGGGCCGCCAUGAACAUGCGCUCGCUCGUGUACCCGGGCGACGACGAGCGCCGCCAGCAGAUCCGCGAGGAGCUCGAGAAGAAGGCCAAGCAGCGCGCGCACGGCAUCUCGGCCCUCACGGCCAGGGUCACGGACAAGCAGGUCGAGGCCGAGCUGCGGCGCCUCAAGGCGGCGGCGGCGGCGAGCCAACAACAGCAGGGCGGCAACAGCAGCGUCCAAGAGGUCGCGCUGCCCGUGGACGGGCACUCGGGCGAGCCCUGGCACGAGGCGUGGAACCGGCACCAGCUGUCCCUGCCGCCCGCCGAGCGCACCACCGUCGUCUACGGCCACGACGCCAGGCGCGGGCUCGCCGUCGACGAGAAAGCCCUGCCGUACACCUUUGGCCUCGACUCGGGCUGCUCCCGCGGCAACCAGCUGUCGGCGCUGGUGAUCGAGGCCGCCGGCGGAGACGGCGGAGCCGUGACGCACAAGGUCGUGCAGGUCAAGUGCGACAAGGCGGCCGAGUGA